AUGCUGGUUUACGAGUAUGUCAACAAUGGCAAUUUGAAACAAUGGCUUCAUGGAGCCAUGCGACACAACGAGUAUCUCACUUGGGAGACUACAGUGAAGGUUCUCCUUGGGACAGUUAAAGCGCAAGUUCAUUCAGCUAAGCUAAAUCUAUUUUGGAAUAAGACAUCUCUUGACGUCUCUGAUAUUGGUCUGGCCAAACUGCUUGGUGCUGGUAAACGUUAUAUCACAACUCAAGUCAACCUUUGGGUUAAUUUCUUCCUUCUGCUUCUUUUGAUUCCAUUCCAGCUCGAAUAUGUGGCUCCUGAAUAUGCAAAUACUGGUCUCUUGAAUGAAAAAAGUGAUAUUUAUAGCUUUGGGGGUAGAGUUGUUAGAAUCGAUCACAGAAAGAGAUCCUGUGCCCAAGAGGUUAACUAUUUCCUUCAAAACACCGCCAAAUUUUGUUCUUCGGGUUUUGAAAAUGUGGACUUACAUCUGAUAUCUUAA